AUGAAGGCUUUCUUGGACUGCAUCCUGACCACCGUACCUGUGUUGGACAAGCAUUUGGCAGCUUCUUGUUUAUGCCGGGUUGGACUGUCCAUGAAUGGCUACAUUGAGUUGCAGCCUUGGCCACCUCGUAGGCAGGACUGCAAUAAUUUGCUUGGCGACACCAUUAAGCUCUGCUGCAGUUUAUGGUCCAUAUUUUGUUUGGGUUGGUUUUCCCUGCAGUUCGUGCCACCAUGGUCACUGCAUGUGCUGCUUGAGAUCAAAUGUGAUGAAGUCCAACUCUGGCCAUUUUUCUGUAGCUAUGCAGUUCUGGUGCUCAUGAACACAUCAGCGUUAGUUGUUCCACCUCGGAUGUCCUUUAGGUGCAUACAAAUUGCGGAUGGCUCUCUUGUGUGGAGUUUUAUAAUGGGGACAAAUACUACUGGAACUUACACUUCAGGUGCAGCUCCUCUUUCGGUUGCAGAUGAUGGCUUCAGGUGUGAUCCCUGUGCAUUACUAAGGCAACUUGACAGUGCAAAAGCUCAGAGAAAUUUACACAUGCAAGCACCUGUGUGUUUGAUUGCUGAUCAAGUUAUUUUAGUUCCUUGGAAGUUUUGGCCAUGGUUCACCAGAUAUACCUCUGAUAGGUUUCUGCAGUUGACAGUUCCUUGGUCACUAGGUGUUUGGGCAUGCAAUUCAGCUCGCAUGAUAGCAUGCUCAGUGUUGUUGGGAGCAUUACUGGUUGCACAGUCUGUGACUCUGGAAUUCUGCUUGGAAUGGAUGAUGCUUGAUAUGGGCUUCUUGACUACCAGCAAGGAAGUGCGGUAUAGUGUAAUGGCUUCAGCUUGA